GUUGUUCUAGCAUUGGGCGAUUAUCUUAAUGUUCAAUGCCAUGCAUGCAUUGGUGGCACAAACCUUGGAGAAGACUUAAGAAAAUUGGACUUUGGGCAACAUAUUGUUUCUGGUACUCCUGGACGUGUUUUUGAUAUGAUUAGAUGCAAAGCAUUGCGUACUCGCAAUAUUAAGACAUUGGUGUUGGAUGAAGCUGAUGAAAUGUUAAAUAAAGGAUUCAAGAAACAAAUAUAUGAUGUUUAUCUUUUUUUGCCACCUGCUACUCAAGUAUGUCUAAUAUCAGCCACUUAACCUCAUGAAAUAUUAGAAAUAACUAACAAAUUUAUGACCAAUCCAAUAAGAAUCCUACUAAAGCGCGAUGAAUUGACACUUGAGGGAAUUAAACAAUUCUUUGUUGCUGUCGAACGCGAAGAAUGGAAAUUUGAUACUUUAUGUGACUUGUAUGAUACACUAACUAAUAACUAUAACUCAAGCAGUUUCUGUAGUACUAAAAGGAAGGUGGACUGGUUGACAGAAAAAAUGAGGGAGUCAAAUUUCACUGUUAGUUCGAUGCAUGGAGACAUGCCACAGAAAGAAAGGGAUGCUAUAAUGAAAGAAUUUCGCGCUGGACAAACGAGAGUUUUGAUUACAACAGAUAUUUGGGCUCGUGGGAUUGAUGUACAACAGAUUUCUUUGGUCAUAAAUUAUAAUUUACCAAAAAACCGUGAAUUGUAUAUACACAGAAUUGGCCGUUCUGGAAGAUUUGGCCGCAAAGGUGUUGCAAUAAAUUUUGUAAAGAGUGACGAUUUAAGAAUUUUAAGAGACGUAGAGCAAUAUUAUUCCACCCAGAUUGACGAGAUGCCUAUGAAUGGUAAAGCUAACUAA